CGUCUCCGUUUCGUCUCUACAGGCUUCCAGGCAGAUUAAAGCGGAAAUAGGUGGAACCCAUGUAACACUAGGAAUAAGCAGUAAGAUGCAGUCUAGCCCAUGGACUUCAGAAGACAGGCGUUACUCGGUCUAUCGACAAAGUCUGAAAGGAGGCAGUCGGCUUGUGAAAAAGGUCAGAUUAAAAUUUCGCUCACCUCGCCCAGGUCUUCAGCGUGGCAGCUCAUACUUCUAACACCUUGUGUCUACCUAAAGCCAGCAAGUGUACUUGUUGCUCAUAUAUUAUAUCUAUAUGUCAUUUUCCCAAGGCAUCUCUCGCAUGUAUUCAAUCAUGUUUUGUACAAGGUCAUAAGAGGAGGUCAAUUUAGUUUACCCACACAUUCUCGUCACAUCAUGAUAACAGGGGAGAAUAUGUGACUGUUGAUUUGAAGAAAAUAAAAGUCAAUGUAGGAGUUAGUCUCAAGAUAACAAGGGUUCUCUGUUGUGGUUUUGAGUGGGUUGAUUAUCGUUGUUAAAGGCUGGUUAUGAAAUUACGAUAGCGAUAAGACUGUCAGUCUUUUCGCACUUUAUAAUGAACAUGUAGG